UCUCUCCCUCCAUCUCUUCCGCUGUUUCGAGUUCCAAGCUAGAAGACAUCAUGGAUCCCUCAGAAAUGAGAUACUUGUAAGAGGAGGAUAGCCUGAUGGCGAAGACCUUCGAGGGUGCAAUUGGGGGUCUGGUCGUUGGGGCUCUUUGCGGAACUGCGCGGGCGGCUUGGGCUUGGAAAGGCGUUCCUCGUGCUCAGAGGAACGUAACUCUUCCAGUGCUCAUCGGGACGCUGAAGGUGAUACGAAAUCACGGGUUGGUAGGUGCUGCAGUCGGGGGCAUUUACUCUGGCUCUGAACAGCUGGCGCAGCGCUUUCGGAUGAAGCGGGAUUUUGUCAAUGGUGCUGUUGGUGGUUUCGUGGCUGGCGCUUCAGUUGUUGGCUUUGGAGCGAGGAGCAUCCCGGCAGCAAUCAAGGCUGGAGCAACUUGUGCGGCCCUCUCUACUCUGGGCGAUUUGGGAGCUGAAGCCGUCGAGAAAAGAGCUGGAGCCGAUUCUUGAUUUUAACCUGGGAGGAGACAAGAAAGCUCUUCCGGGGAAGAAUUCGGCUUCUGAAGCGGUAGAAGUUCACUCUUGAGAUCUCUUUUCAAUGUUUUUUUUUUUUCUGUUUCAGGAGAUGUGAAAUCAUCAGACUCUUCACUCUUGGUUUCUUCCUGUUGCUGAAGUUCAAUCCUUUGUCGGAUAAUCCUACAAUAAAAAAUCUCUUGACGUAGUUUGUGAAAAAAUAUGAUAAAAUGUGUGAGAUUUUGGGACA